AUGGGUUUGCGAGGGGAUGAGUAUUUCGUGCAUAAUUUAUUGAGGAACCACCAAGCAGAUGGGCCUGGCCCUAGUCUAACCCAAGAAGCAACCGAGCUUGAUCGCCUUAUAGAGUCCAUCCAAGUCAAAAAUGGGAUUUCUGACAUGUGGCUCAUUAUCAGGGGCAGCAGCAGCAACACUACCCCCACCAUCACCACCACCUCGCCUACCAAUCCGUCACCCAACAACAGCACUUGCAGCAGCCGCACCACCAACAAUCGCACCUCCCCACAGAAGGUUACGAAACAUGGUCACAUAACCAUCAGCGCCCCUCCGGCCACCCCAUACAUGUACCCAUCGACUGUACAGUACCAACCGCCUCACCAUUACGAGUACGCAGUGCAGCCUGCGACGCCAGCGUACUGUGAUCCGUAUACCCAAGCACCCUAUUACACCGCGAGCGCCUGUCCGCAGACCCCUCCGCAAGUUGACUAUGUUGUGGUGCAGGAUGGCGCUGCACGAGCUGUGCGCCCUCAGAUCUCUGUCCAGACUGUAGCUGGGCCCUAUGCUGGUCCAUACACUCCCGUUUCGUCCAAUCCGAGCUCGGGCAGCAAUACUCCCCAAAUGGUACACUGCGACCCGACGGUACCUCCUCAAGUGGGAUCUAGGCCCGCUCUCUUCCCCAGCCGAUACGAAUAUGUCAACGGGAACGAGUCUAUGAUCUCGCCUAUCACGCCAUCAACAGUCGCGACGGCACCCAACCUUUUGCUCGCACAACCGAGAUUGCACUAUAAUGUGCACCACCAGCACCACCAUCAUCAGGAUACCGCUCCCCAUGUCGUUGACCACUGCCCUCCAUCGCCCAUUCGGCCCUCCGUCGAG